UUGACGUAAUUUUGUAACUGCGCAGCGGUGAACCGGAAGGAAGUGGGUGUAGCUGACUGACGUUAGCGAGCGAGCAGAAACUGCGAAGUCAGCUGAGGGUUCUAUGGAAGAGAUGUCAGGAGAGAGUGUGGUGAGCUCGGCAGUGCCGGCAGCUACAACACGGACUACAUCCUUCAAAGGAUCCAGCCCCAGUUCUAAGUAUGUGAAGUUAAAUGUGGGAGGAGCACUGUACUACACUACAAUGCAGACACUAACCAAGCAGGACACAAUGCUUAAAGCUAUGUUCAGUGGCAGGAUGGAGGUGCUCACAGACAGUGAAGGUUGGAUCCUGAUCGAUCGCUGUGGGAAACACUUUGGAACAAUCCUUAACUACCUCCGAGAUGGAGCGGUCCCACUCCCAGACAGCCGUCGGGAAACUGAGGAGCUGCUUGCUGAGGCCAAGUAUUACCUUGUCCAAGGCCUGGCUGAUGAAUGCACAGCUGCUUUGCAGAACAAAGAAACGUAUGAACCACUUUGUAAAGUGCCUCUGAUGACAUCAUCUAAAGAAGAGCAGAGACUUAUUGCAACAUCAAAUAAGCCAACUGUGAAACUGCUGUAUAACAGAAGCAACAACAAAUAUUCAUAUACCAGCAAUUCUGAUGACAAUAUGUUAAAAAAUAUUGAACUGUUUGACAAGCUGUCCUUGCGGUUCAACGGUCGGGUACUCUUCAUCAAAGAUGUGAUUGGGGAUGAGAUCUGUUGUUGGUCAUUUUACGGUCAGGGUCGUAAGAUUGCUGAAGUGUGUUGCACUUCCAUUGUUUAUGCCACAGAAAAGAAGCAGACAAAGGUUGAGUUUCCUGAGGCAAGAAUCUAUGAGGAAACCCUCAACAUCCUCCUGUAUGAGUCCCACGAUGGAAGGGGUCCAGACAAUGCCCUGCUAGAGGCCACAGGAGGUGCUGCGGGACGAUCUAAUCAUCUGGAUGAGGAUGAAGAGCGAGAACGAAUUGAGCGUGUUCGAAGGAUCCAUAUCAAACGACCUGAUGACCGCACACACCACCACCAGUGACUUCUCCCUUUUGACCAGUCAGCCUGUGUUUUGGACCAUGAACAGUCUUUUCACCAAGCCUGUGCCUUACAACACCCAGCACCUCUCUUUAGCUUCCCCUUUUAUUUUUUCAGCUUCUCCAGUAGACUUCUGUUUGAGGAGGAGUGUUAUACAACAGUAUGUACUGGUGAAGUGGCGUCUAAGUGUCUAACUUGUGCUCUCAAGUUUUAGUUCAUUGUUGUCUGUCAUCCAUUUUAACUUCUGUCACUGUUUUCUGCUGUCAUGCAGAGGCUCAUAGACAUGGGUGUUAGCUCUCAGCACUGCAAGUUAUUAUUUUACAACAUUAUAUGUGGAGAGAGUAAGAGAAGAGAAUGAGGUCAUCAUUGUGUGACUCACAGGAGAACAAAAAAUAUUUAUUUAAUAGACUAAUUAAAAUAAAAAGGUAGCAUAGCAGGUUGAGCUUUUCUUUAUCUCGAUUCUGACAGGUCUACUGUAAAAUCAUCUGUGGAUGAACCUUGUGUUGUACAUAAUGGGCCCACAUGGUGUCACUGUUUUACCUGUUACCAUGUUGAUAUUGAAGCCUGCUUUAUUAUUAAAAUGAAACAUUUCUUAAAUCAAAAUUGUAUAUGAAGGAAAUAUUACAGAUGGAUGCAACAUUUCACUGUAGUACAUCUGCUAUAUUUAGUUCUAACUUUGCUGCAUUUUCCCUUCACUCCAUGAAAUAAAUCAUUUUCAGUGGAGGGAACUUGAGCUGUGACCUGAGGUGUUAAAUGUACUGGGCUGAUUGAAUGAUGGAUGCUGAUGUUAAAGUGAAUGACUGUAACUGGAGAUCUCUCUGGCAGGAAAGGAACCCUGUCUACAUGCUUUUAACAGGGAGAGAAAUUAGGCCUGUCCAUUGCUACAUUCAUCAGAGAAUGUACAGUUUGCAUACUAUAGGUUUAAGUAGAAAUAUGACCAUUCCUUCUAGGUCUGUUGUACAGAAGCAAAUGUUUCUUCUAGGUCUGUUGUACAGAAGCAAACAAAUGUUUUAUAUUUAUAUUUACUUUAUCACAAAUAAAUUUCUACAAACA